CCGGACCUAAGAGACUGGGGGGACCAGUAUGUGCAGUGGACCUAUUCAGGCUCGUGCUUCUUCUGCUGCGUCGCCGUGGUUACCGCCUGGAGGAUUGGAAAUAGCUGUUGUGGAGCAUGACCGCGGCUCUGGGCAAAGUGCUGUGCCUGGGAAAGGAACUUUUUUUAAAAGAGACCUCUGCAUUGAUCAGUCUUACCUUAAAGGCGUCAAGAAGGAAUUCCAUCUGUUCUUUAGGCAGCCCGCUGCUGAACUGCUGCAGGCACUACAGGUCCCAGCCCACCCAUGGCAUUGGCCGGUACAAACAUUUGCUCCCCCCAGAGUCUUCCAAGAAAAGGAAGGACCGGAUACAAAUGAAGGAGAUUGAUCCUGGGACGGAGCACAAGUAUGGAGACUUGAACAUCGUGAUGACUGGCUUGGACAUGACGCUGGUGGAGCACUACGCUCAAUACAUCCACAAAUUCUGCAACAACCUCUCCAUCAAAGUGGAGGAAAGCUAUGCCAUGCCCACCAAGACCAUGGAGGUGAUACUAACUCAGGAGAAAGGGUCCAAGAUGCUCCUGGAUGCUGUUCUUACAACCCAUCAGCGUAUUGUUCAGAUCAGCGGUUUGACUGCUACAUUUGCUCCGAUCCUCUUAGAAAUCAUUCAGAAGAAUCAGCCUGAAGGAGUCCAUCUGAUAGUGAAAGAGCAUACGGAGGACGAUUUCAAAGUCCGACUGAAGGGUCGUCCAGAACUCGAAGAGCUCCUUGCCCAACUGAACUGAGCCAAGCUACCGACUCCUUAGAAGUACCCAUUUUACAUCAGGGUUCAGGUUGAUCUAGCUGUCUUCCAUUCCAGUUCUGAUUCUAUGGAAACGAACUUCCACAUGUGCUAGGAAAGCUCACUCAGCCUUUUCCCCAUAAUAAAUAGUGAAAAUCUU